UGAAUCAUCGCAGGAGUGGGCGGAAGUUAGCUGUCAGUAGGGGGCAGCAGCCUGGCAGCUGUUAUGGAGACCCACGUGGAGCUGCAGGAGAUCCUGGGACCCUCUGGGUUUGAGGUUUAUCCCUUGCAGGUAAUGUUUGCAGCCUGAGGGCAUGGCUGGCAGUGGGCACCAUUUCUUCUCCUUGAGUUGUCAUGGGUAACCUUGGAACAGCUAGUUCUGAACUCCACUUCACAUGAUUCUCAGCCAGCCUGAAAUUAUAUGUUGGCCGUCGCUGCCCUGGGGUGACGUGUUGGCCGUCACUGCCCUGUGGUGACGUGUUGGCCGUCGCUGUCCUGGGGUGACGUGUUGGCCGCUGCCCUGGGGUGACUUGUUGGCCGUCGCUGUCCUGGGGUGACGUGUUCGCCGUCGCUGUCCUGGGGUGACGUGUUGCUGCCUGGGGUGAGCGCUGGUGACGUGUUCCGCCGCUGCCCUGGGGUGAUGGCCCGUCCGAUGUUGUCUGGGGUGUUCGCUGCCCUGGGGUGACGUGUUGGCCGUCGCUGCCCUGGGGUGACGUGUUGGCCGUCGCUGCCCUGGGGUGACGUGUUGGCCGUCGCUGCCCUGGGGUGACGUGUUGGCCGUCGCUGCCCUGGGGUGACGUGUUGGCCGCCGCUGCCCUGGGGUGACGUGUUGGCCGUCGCUGCCCUGGGGUGACGUGUUGGCCGCCGCUGCCCUGGGGUGACGUGUUGGCCGCCGCUGCCCUGGGGUGACGUGUUGGCCGUCGCUGCCCUGGGGUGACGUGUUGGCCGCCACUGCCCUGGGGUGACGUGUCGCUGCCUAAUCAAGGGGCUGGCUAGAAUGUAAGUCCAGAGCUGUUUUAGAAAACCUCAUAGCAUCUUGGGAUGUGUAGUUCUUCAACUGCAGGAGGUCUUAUCUUUACAUAUAUAUAUAUAUAUAUAUAUAUAUAUAUAUAUCUCUUUAAAAUGUUAGGUAACACUAUCAUACUCUUAUUUUGGUCAUUCUCCGCCGGGUGCUUUGUGUAAUAUUUAGGCAUUCUGACAGUAGAACUUUUUGUUUCAGGUUGGUUGGUACAAUGCAGUUCUCGACCCUGUCUUUCACCUCUCCUACCCUGAGGACACCUUGGCUUUUGUGGUUCUCAGCAAGCCUUCGAUGUUUGAAUGCGCCUUUAAGCCUUUCCUCUGUGAGCAGAAGCUUCAAAGUCUACGUGAUCCUAUUGACCAGUGCGUCGCCUACCACAUGUCACUAGCGAAGGAGGUCAGUCGACUCCCACUUUAUACGUUAGAUUACCUUUGGUAAUAUGAUAAUCCACCCACCAGAUAAGAUGUGUACAAAUAUACUCCUACCAGAACACCCAGGUCAGAUAUUUUACCAUUUUCUUUAAAGAAUCUCUAUCACAAUAUGGCUGUAAAAGUGACAAGCUACAUAUACUUAAGGUUAGUACAGAGCUAUUCAUAACAGCCCACAUCAUUAACACUAAUUAUACCAAUGUAUCCCAUGUACAUCAAAGGAGCACUCCAAGCACCAUAACCACUACAGCCAUCUAACGUAGCCUACUACCUGAAUGCGGAUGCUACACUGGAAAUUAUGGGAUUACCACAUCACAGCAUACUAAAGGGACACUGUAGGCACUAUAAACAUUUCAUCUCCUUCAAUUGGUUUUAGUGCUUUCAGUGCCCUGGUGCUGUCCCUCGAUUUUAAGUAGUUUAACGCUGGUCACUAGCCACCUACAGCUCGGCCCACACUUGAGGUAUGGCUAAAAAAAAGAUUACACACUUCCUUCUAGCCGUAUCAAUUCAUACCACCCAUUGUACAGCGCUGCAGAAUUUGUUGGCGCUAUAUAAAUAAUAAUACCUGCAGUUGUGGUGAUGACUGGCUGAAAGUGGCCAGCUUAUACUCUCAGCCAAUCAGAGCUGUCCAUUGCUGCUCACAAUAAUGCUUCUUCAUUAGCCCAAUCAGUAUAGAGGGUAUAGGCUGCUGCAUACUCUCACGUUGUUUUAAAAACCGUUUAAUAAUGAACGGCAGGACGGCGCCAGGGGACGCCUGAUACUAUAACCACUUCAAUCAAAUGAAGCCGUUACAUUGCCUGUAGUCUCUCUUUAAAGCAGAAUUGUCACUUCUAUGGAAAUUACAUUAUUGAAUAAAACAUUGAAAAUAACCUCUGAAUUGUGUCUACCUUUUUAUUUCUCUGUUUUCUUUUAAAAUGUACACUAAAGAUUUAGCAAGUGACAUUACAAUCCUGUUCAGUCUAGGCACAGCCAGGGCACGCUGUGUAAAUGAGGAGGAGAAGUAGAAACAUUGUUUUACCGUCUCCUCUUCAACUAACUGUGUGUUCUAUGGCAUUAAAGGGCAACAUAUAAAACAAUGACUGACAGGGAACCAAGAUGAAGACUUCCCAGUUCUAGGGUAGAUCUGUGGAUUUCUCUAUUUAAUUAUAAUGUUCAGACCUCAAAAAUAUAUAUUUACAAUUUAUAGUGGAUACGUAAACAUAAUAUUAUGAAAUCUUCGGAAGUGACAGUUCCUUAUUAUGAUCAUGUUUACCCCAGAAUUAAGUUGUAUCCUCUAAUAGUCUCAAGAAUAGUGUGCUAGUGGCGAUGCUUGUUUGUCGGAACAUAUUUUAUAGCAGCAGAGCUUUGGGUAUUGAUGUGUAUAUCUGAAUACCAUUACUGAAGCCGACAUUUAGGUAAAUAGAUAUUUGUCCACCGCAGCCUCUCACUGCAAUACAACCUGUUGCCUAAUCUCAAUGUUUUCUCCCCAGAGGUGUCCUUCAAAAAAAAUCGAUGUUAUAUAUGACUAUGAGCUACACCCUAAUCGGCGGCCCAAAGUGCUGAUGCAGACAGCGGCUCACGUGUCUGGUGCGGCCUAUUACUAUCAACGCAGAGACGUACCACAAGACCCCUGGGGAGACAAGGUUAGUUAAGACAUCAAUUGAGCUGCAUGGAUUUUGGAGACUCUCGUCUGAUGGAUCGUGGCAGACAUGUGGUUAACAUUAAGCAUUUUUCAUGGUCCUCAUUGUUCUUGCUAGUGUUUGGUCUCUGUGUCUAAUGCACUUUGGAAGUGUCAGCUUUUUUUGGCAAAUUAUUUGGUAAACAAACUGUUAAUAUAAAUUAUUAAAUUUACUUUUUUUGUGUAAAAGUUCAUCAUUUUGUGUCUUAUUUUAUUUUUAUUUCUAUUCACUUCAAUAUGUGUUUCGGCCUACAAUCCAGUAUUCUGCUUUUUUUACUCUAUUCAUAAAUACAGUGUUUAUCUUUUAAAGUCUUUUUAAUCCUUUUACGACAUCCAAGACUUUCCCUCUAGGGAUUACAGAUCAUAGUACAUUAGAGAGUGUUCUCAUAUGGCCUCAUUGUCUUUUUACUAUCUGUGUUAUCAGCCAGUGGUGAUCCUCAUAAUACCAAUGUUAAAUAGGCGAGGGACAGUUCAUUUUCUGUUGAAUUUUGUCUUUUGGUUUGUGCAAUUUGACCGUCUCUCAGCCCAGAACUAGUAAAUUGCAACAUUUAAAGGGUUAAAAGAGGAUUUAUAUACUUUACAAAAAUAGAUCGAUUACAUAGGACACAGUGUUAGUGACUGCCAUUUGGUCAGUAUUGUAAAAAAUCUGUACUCUGAUUCUAGGGGAAAUGUACAUAUAGAAUGAAAACUAGAUGUAGAAAAUGAACGCUGGUGCAUCUGCAUAUCUAGAGAGAGAAACAAGAGUAAUGUUUGGGAACAAACUCCUGCAGGACCCCCAGUAUUGAAUUCACAAGAUUACAAAAAGUUAUGAGUCAAAAUAAAUGUAAUGUGGUAUUUUUUUUAUUGCCACAGUAAAUAUGGACUAUAGAGAAGUAUUUUUAUGAGAUGAGCCUUUUUUUAAACCUGAUUGUAAGUAGCUGAAUAAAUGGAAUCUGUAUUGUGUUCAAACUCGUCGUCGUUUAGUUGCAAUUUGAAGAAACAAAGUAGCAUUGAUUUAUAAAGCGCUGCACAUACGGAGAUUAACCCCUCUGCUGCCGGAGAUAUAACUCCACCUCUGGCAGAGUCAUGAGGAUGUCAUCUGCCAGCCCGGAACUAGAGUGUUUGGUUGGCUAAUGUCAAUUCUGUGCAACUUUCAUUGUAUAGAAUGUUGUUCAUUGGCUGAGAGCAUCAUCAGCUGACGCUCUCAGCCAAUGAAUAGUGAAGGCCAUGGCUUCCGACUUCUGCAGGAGCCGGAGGUUGUCACUAGACCAUCAGGGAGCCCUGCGUGGAUUCAGGUAAGGAGGCAAAAUGCUGCUAAACUGUGAUGUCCCAUAAGUACAACAAUGCCACCCCAUGUACAGGUUUCAUGUUGUUUUGAAAAGUUACAGUGUCAAAUAAAGAGUUUGGCCAUUUCAGUUUUUACACAAUGAAAUUUGCAAGAUUGGUUAUGUUGCCUUUGAGACCAUAACAUCAGCCCAGGAAUGGAAAUGCCCUACAUCUUGUCACACCAUUUGCAUAAGUAGACAAUACAGGGUAUUCAAAAUGGGGUAUGUCUAGACUUUUUUAGUAGCCACUUAGUCACAAACCCUGGCCAAAGUUAGCAUUCAUAUUUUGUGUUUUUCAUUUUCCACACAAAAACAGCACUUUCACUGAUGAUAUCUCCGUCUUUAUACGUUUUACUGCUCUUUUCAGCAAUAUCUCAUGAAUACAACAGGACCCCCUAUGUACAGGUUACAUGAGGUUUUGGAAACUUACAAAUAAGGGGGUUGCAAAUUAAAUUCUAUGAAAUUUCUGCCUGUGUUCCUAGGCAGUUCCCCUGAUCGGAUCCGGCACAGGGAGUAUGAUUUGGGUGGCUGCAGGAGCAGACGUUGGGAAACGUCAUUACGUCCUAACGUUGUUAAAGCUCAUGCCGUUCAGGACGUAAUGACACGUCCUAGUGGGGCGAAAAGGAAAUGGAAGAUUUUAGUUAUGAAAUAGUACUUUAAAAAAAAAAAAAAAACUCCAUUUGUUUACUUUAGAAAAAAUGUCUCAGAAGGCAUAGAAUAACAUUAUACAAAUAUAUAUAUAUAUAUAUAGUGCUGGUACAAACAGCUCUUUGGUAGAAGAUUUCACAUAUCGCAGAAGAAAGAGUUCUUAACAAUAAAAACAAGAUAUGGAAUUCUCUGCUUUUUCUUGUCUGGACUCUGCCGAGAUGUAAAAAUUAUGCAUUUUUGGAUAAACUAAAUAUUGAAGGAUAUGAUUGUUAAUACGAGGGGUAAAAUUGAUUUAAAAAGAAAUCUGUCUGAGUCAAGAAGAUUAAUUGAUUUUAUUUCUCUUUUUGCUCUGCAUUUGGAAAUCAUUUAAAUUUGGGGUUAAUGCCUUCUUUUGGAUCAGCAGAAUAAAUAGCUAUAUAAAAGGUUGAACUUGACUGACUCUUGUCUUUCCCCCCAACCUAUGUAACUUUGUCAUAUUUGACAGGUUUUAUAUUAGGAUUUUAUUGGUAUAAAGUUCCACGAUAUGUUUAAAGCAACAUUCCAAUCCCUUAAAACACUUCAGCUGAACGGAGUCUGUAAAUAAAGAUAAGUAUAGGUGUUUAUUAAUGUGCUUUUCUUGGCCGUCUCUUUCAGAAAAUAUUUGGGGUCUGCAUACACCCUCGAUAUGGGGGAUGGUUUGCUAUCCGUGCUGUGCUGGUGUUCAGUGAGGUACGAGCUCCUACCUUGGAGCAGCUUCUCCCGAUAGACUGCAUCCCCUCUCGAGAGGAUAGAAUUCAACUUCUUGAGGACUUCAACUUUCGCUGGCGAGAUGGGAAAUACCGAGACGUGCUGCCUGUUGAGCAACGCUACUCUGCAGAACAGAUCCUUUACUUUGCCACACCCCCCGCAGAAAGAUUUAAACUGUUAGAAAUGUGGGGUACACUACCUCUGAGCCCUCCCUGCUGAUCCUGAAAAGCCCUGUAGCUGUCUGUCUGUUGUCAAAUCAAGGAAGAGUUACAUAAAUUCUACACAUAGAUCUAUGUAUGUAAUAUAUUCCCAUUUAUCGCAGCUUGAUACGGUGUGCUUUUUACAAGUAGGGUUCUGGUUUAUAUACUAAAUCUUACUGGCCAUAUAAAAUACCUCCUCUUUUUUAUUUAUUUUUAUUUUGUUUCAGGGUUAAAUUUUUGUAGAACUGUUUUGUAGAAAAGUUCCCCGCAGUUACUUUUUAAUGCAAGAAGUGCACAACUUGUACAUACCUCAGGGCUGCGGGUUCUGCUACCAGCUGAGUCAAUUCAGUUUUUUAUUAUAUUUAGGUUAAUUUAAAUGAUUACUUAAGAAAUGUGUAUUAAUUACAUCUGCUAAUCCAAAAUGAAUACUGUUAUGUUAUAUCAGGCACCAGCUAUGUCUUGAGUGCGGAGGUCGACAGAGUAUGACUUUUGAUAAAUAGUUAUUGCUGUUUAUUAAUUAACAUACUGUCUUUGAACACUACAAAUAAACAUGAUGCACAAUUAAAGAGUGUUAUUGGAUGCACCCACAAAAAAUGAAACUGAGCAGCUCCUUUUUAAAACCUCAAAUUUACAUACCUCCCAAGUUUCCCUAAUUGGGAGGGAAAGUCCCUAUUUUGGGCCCAAAUCCCUCUGUCCCUCUUUUCUGUCCUAAUGUUCCUCUUUUCUAGGAGCUCCAUAUUGUUGGUGGGUCCAAGUGUAUAACAGAGCUCCCAGUACUAUGUUUUUAAAGGGACACUAUAGUCACCAGAACAACAACAGCUUAUUGUAUUUGUUCUGGUGAGUAGCAUUAUUACCUGCAGGCUUUUUGCCGUAAACACUGUCUUUUCAGAGACAUCAUCAGAAGUGCCAGAGGGCUGUGUUUGGUUGUUCUGGCUCUGCCACUGAUCUGCCUCCUUGACAAGCUCAGCCAAUCCAAUGCUUUAAUUUGGGACAAGCAUUGUGAUUGGCUAAAAUCACCACUUCUGAUGAGGUCAUCCAAUGAGGCAGAUCAAUGGCAG